UAGGCCAAUAUGGCCCAGGAAUGAAGCCCCCUACCUAUCACGAAGUAAGAGUUCCUUGUCUAAAAAAGGAGGUGGAGAAGACAAACAAGAAUGUUGAGGAGCAUAAGGCGCAAUGGAAAAUAUAUGGUUGUUCCAUUAUGAUGGACAAAUGGACUGCAAAAAAUGGAAAAAUGGUCAUUAAUGUUUUGGUGAAUUCUCCGAGAGGUAGUGUGUUUCUUGAAUCUUAUGAUGCUAGUGACUCCUCAACCGAUUCCAAUAAAAUGUUCAACUUGUUUGAGAAGACAAUAUUGAAAGUUGGACCGGAAAAUGUGGUUCAAGUUGUUACUGAUAACGCAAGUGGGAAUAAAAAAGUGGGUGACAUGUUGAAAGAAGUUUUCCCAAAUAUUUUUUGGACUCCUUGUGCUGCACAUUGUAUCAACCUGAUGUUUGGUGACACUUUCAAGUUAGCCCCAUAUUCUACAGGUGAACAAGUGGUUCUUAUUUUCUAUUUUAAGUUUUUAACCUUCAUGUUAAUUGCUUAUACUUAACUAUGAAAUUUGACUUCCUACAAUUUUUUCUAAGGCGAUCAAGAUACAUUCUUACAUUAGUCAAAGGUCGUUGUUGUUGAACAUGAUGAGGAGAUACACAAAACAAAGAAAUUUGGUGAAACCGGCUAAGACCGGCUAAGACAAGAUUCGGAACAGCUAUCUUGACCUUGCAUAGCUUUUACCUGCAAAAGCAAAAUUUGCGAACCUUGUUCUUGUCAACCGAAUGGAGUGAGAGUAUCUAUGCAAAUGAAGCUCUUGGGAAAGAAGUUGCGAGAUUUAUUAUUGGUCCAUAUUUUUGGAAUGACACUAUUCAUGCACUUAAAGUUGGUAAUCCUUUGGUUAUUGUACUUCGUUUGGUGGAUGGAGAGAAAAAACCACCAAUGGAUACAUUUAUGAAGCCAUGGAUAGGACUAAAGAAGCUAUUGAGAAGGCAUUAGAUCAUGAUAGGAGGAAAUACGAGAGAGUGUUUGAAAUCAUUGAUAAAAGGUGGGAUGAUCAGCUUCACCAACCUUUACAUGCAGCAGGGCAUAUUUUGAACCCCGAAUUGUUUUACACAAACAAUGAGAACAAGACUUUAGAUUUAGACGUUUGGAAGGGGUAUCAUGCAUGUGUUGCGAAGUUGGUGCCAGAUGAAGCGAUGCAAGACAAAAUAGGGCAAGAGCUUGGUGUGUAUAUGCAAGCCGAUGGAAUUCUUGGAUUAGCUUCGGCCAUUAGAGGCAGAACCAAAUUGGCACCAGUUGAAUGGUGGAUGCAAUUUGGUUAUGAAGUUCCAAACUUGCAACAAUUUGUUAUUAGCGUUCAAAGCUUAACUUGUAGCUCAUCCGGAUGCGAGAGAAAUUGGAGUGUUUAUGAACAUGUGAGAAGCUAUAUUACAUUAUUACUAAAUUAAAGUUUAUCUCAAUUAUCCUAAGUACUCCUCUUAAUUACUUUCCACAUCUUAUUAUGCAGAUUCAUACUAAGAAGAGGAACAGGCUUGAGCUAAAGAAACUCAAUGAUCUCGUGUUCGUAAAAUAUAAUAGAACAUUGGCUCGUCGUUACAAAGCUCGCAAUAUCAUUGAUCCAAUUUUAUUGGAUAACAUUGAUGAAGCAAAUAAAUGGUUAACCGGAGGCCCCAAAAAUCAUGAAGAAGAUGAAGUGUUUGAAGGAGAAGGUCUCACUUUUGGUCAUGUUGCUAUGGCAAGUGGAGUUGAAGAGAAUGUCUAUGGUUUUAGGGGAAGUACUUUAAGGAGGAAAGAAAGAGUAUCUACAAGUACAAGUACAUGUACAAGUACAACCCUAAUUAAUGAAGCCUCCAAUGAAGAAGAAGAUGAUGAUGACCA